GGGAGUCAAAGUCGAAGAAAACAAAGAAUGAGCCCAAAGUUUGCUUUUUGGAUCCGAAAAUGGAGUUUCGUGUGAAGAAAUGAAGCACAUGUAGACUGUAUAGAACCAGUGCAUAACGUGAGACGGUAAUUUCGGCUUUUCCACGUGAUCUCCGACUCCAUCUCUCUCAUCCAACUAGCAACUAUUACUACUACACUUUGCUAUACAAUCAGCAGUUAUAUAUCUAUCUAUAUCUGUACACUCGCUUGUCGGUAGGGUGGAACUUCGGAACCAGAUCGAACAAAUCUCCGAUAAUGAAGGCCAAAGCACCAAUCUUGAAUCCCCCUCUUGUCGCUUUCGAACAUAAGAGAGACGCCUAUGGGUUUCCAGUGAGACCUCAACAUGUACAGAGAUACCGUGAAUAUGCAACUAUUUACAAGGAGGAAGAGGAGGAACGAUCAGAUAGGUGGAAGGACUUUCUAGAACGGCAGUCAGAGUGUGCACAGCUGCCUGUGAAUGGCUCAUCUGCAGAGAAAGAUAGGGCAGCUUCACUUUCCGUUGCUUCUGGGAAGGAAGCUAAUGAUGGCUCUGAUAAGUCCCCACAAGGAGCUGACUUGAGUGAUGAGAAGACUGCCCAUGAUGAUUUAAACGUACCUGAAGCUCAAGAGGACGAAUUUUCUCAAAUGACCGAGAGUAAAACUCAUCGGGCCCAGAUAUGGACUCGAAUUAGGCCAUCACUUCGAGCCAUUGAGGAUAUGAUGAAUGACCGAGUUAAGAAAAAGAUCAGUUUGACAAGAACAGAAGAAGAUAAUGGAGCUGAAAAUCUUGGUUCUCUCGAAGAUGCUAAACCUACAAAAGCAGGAGCAGAAGAAGACUCUGAGGAUGUGUUUUACGACUUGGAGAGGUCAGAGUCAGAACCAACUCCAGAGGUCCCUUCAAGUGAUGGUGUCAGUGCCCCAACUCCAGGUGCUACUAGCAAUGCCGUCCCCCAAGAAUCUUCAAUUCCUUGGAAAGAAGAGUUGGAGUUUCUUGUCCAAGGGGGAGUGCCAAUGGCUCUUAGGGGAGAGCUCUGGCAAGCUUUUGUGGGUGUCAAGGCUCGCCACAUUAAGAAUUAUUAUCAGAAUCUUCUACUUUCUGAUAGUAAGAAUGAUAAUAGUGUGGAACAUCAAAUUUCAGAAGUAGAUGAAGCAAGUAAGUUGUUGAAGACUGACUCCAUAGAUGUACCUGAAAAAUGGAAAGGACAGAUUGAAAAGGACUUGCCUCGGACUUUUCCAGGUCAUCCCGCUUUGGACGAGGGUGGUAGAAAUGCUUUGAGACGUUUACUCACGGCAUAUGCUCGCCAUAACCCCUGUGUUGGCUAUUGCCAGGCCAUGAAUUUCUUCGCCGGCUUAUUACUGCUUCUGAUGCCUGAAGAAAAUGCCUUUUGGGCUUUAAUGGGUAUUCUUGAUGAUUAUUUUGAGGGCUAUUAUUCCGAGGAAAUGAUAGAGUCCCAGGUUGAUCAGCUUGUUUUUGAGGAGUUGGUGCGUGAGAGGUUUCCUAAAUUGGUUAACCAUCUAGAUUACCUAGGAGUCCAGAUCGCAUGGGUAUCUGGACCAUGGUUCCUUUCCAUAUUUAUGAAUAUGCUUCCCUGGGAAAGUGUUCUCCGUGUCUGGGAUGUGCUUCUGUUUCAAGGGAAUCGUGUCAUGCUCUUCCGAACAGCCCUUUCUUUGAUGGAGUUAUAUGGACCUGCAUUAGUCACAACAAAGGAUGCUGGAGAUGCUGUUACUCUGCUGCAGUCACUAGCUGGAUCAACUUUCGAUAGCAGUCAACUUGUCUUGACAGCUUGCAUGGGUUAUCAAAAUGUCAAUGAGGAGAGACUACGAGAAUUGAGAAACAAACAUCGACCAGCUGUACAAGCUGCUCUUGAGGAAAGAUCAAAGGGACUUAAUAUGUGGAGAGAUUCUCAGGGUUUGGUAUCCAAGCUCUAUGGUCUCAAAGAAAAUAAAACAGGUCAGACAGGGGAUAAAAUGACAAAUGGUGCAUUAUCACGAAAUAAUUCCGAGUCUUCUAAUGCGGAUGAGUCAUAUAUGGGGGUGUCAGGGGAUGUGGAGAUUAAUUCAGUUCCAGAUCUUCAAGAACAGGUGGCGUGGCUGAAGAAUGAGCUGUGCAAAAUACUAGAGGAAAAAAGAUCUGCCAUACUCAGAGCUGAAGAGUUGGAAACUGCCUUAAUGGAGAUGGUCAAGCAGGAUAAUCGUCGAGAAUUAAGUGCAAAGGUUGAGCAAUUGGAACGAGAUAUUGCUGACCUACAACAAGCCCUUGCUGACAAGCAGGAACAAGAGAACGCCAUGCUUCAGGUUUUGAUGCGGGUAGAGCAAGAGCAAAAGGUAACAGAAGAUGCUCGCAGAUAUGCUGAGCAAGAUGCCGCAGCCCAGAGAUAUGCCACUGCAGUGCUUCAGGAAAAAUAUGAAGCAGCAACGGCUUCCCUUGCUGAAAUGGAGAAAAGAGUGGUUAUGGCAGAAUCAAUGUUGGAGGCAACCUUGCAAUACCAGUCUGGCCAAAAUAAGGCACAGCCUUCUCCAAGAUCUGCAAAUCAAGAUUCUUCUGCAAUAAGAACAAGUCAAGAACUCUCUCAAGAAAUACCUGCAAGAAAGAUUAGUCUGUUAUCUAGACCAUUUGGGCUCGGAUGGCGUGACAAGAAUAAGGCAAAGCCAGCAGAAGAGCAGGUCGAUGUAAAAACUAGUGGUGACGAACAAAACCCGAAAGCUGUGAAGCUAGCAGAAGAGCAGGCCGAUGAACAAAACUCAAAAGGUGUGCAGGAAAACAUUAUAGAUGGUCAUGAAAUGGAGCAGGUAUCGUUGGCUGAUGAAGAUGGUAAGUAGAUGAAAUUAUGUAUACAUAAAGUUAAGGAAAAAACAUAUAAAUAUCUUGUUGUGUUCAUGUUGGUUUUCAGAGAGAAGCAUAGAUUAGCAUGUAUUUUUGUUCUUUGAUACAAUUUCUAUAACUUGCAUAUAGCUCAUUAGCCAUUUGUUUCUUUAGUUGUUAAUAAAACCCUAGUUCGCUUGAACUGAAAAAUGUAAAAAGAAACUUGGGAAUUUCUUAUAUUUUUGUUCUGGUUUGAUCUGCU